UUAAAUUUACUAAAAUCGUAAUUUUUAUGGUGCGGACUGCGGUUUAGAAUAAUGAAAUUACUAUUAAUUAUCGUUUAAUCUAUUAAAAAUAUUUUUUUUAAAUAUAGUAUGAAUAUCCAUCUCUAUUGUUAAUUUACUUUAUUGUUUUAAUACCAAUUUUUCAUCGAUCAAUGGUUUAUUUUCAAAAUUACAAAAGAUGAAAGAAAAAUGGAACUUUAUUUUAUAUCUUAUUUGGUUUUCCUAUUUGAUAAUGUCAGCGACAUUAAUGUUUGGACACGGUUUCUUGCUAUCUCGUAAAACCCUAAGUGAUGUAUCUGAAUGUGUCGGACAAGAUUUAAUUCAAUGUGACAAAAAGUCUGGUGCUUCGACAGUUUGCAGUGAAUCCGAAAGAAUUGAGCGUAUAUUGAAUAAUCCUGGGUCACCUUUAAUUUGUCCACUGGUGUCAAGGAGGGUUGUACUUAUAUUGGUUGAUGCACUUCGUUAUGAUUUCACCGAGUACAAUCCUAAUUUAGAAAACCCUUUACACUAUCAAAACCGACUGCCCGUGAUUUACAAAACUUUAAAAAAAUGGCCAGAAAAAACACGUAUAUUCCGCUUUAUGGCAGAUCCACCAACUACAACUUUUCAGAGAGUAAAGGCCUUAGUGACAGGAUCUCUGCCCACUUUUGUAGAUGCUAGCUCAAAUUUUGCAGCAAUGGAGUUACACGAAGAUAACAUAAUUGAUCAGGUAACCAAAAGUGGUGGUCAUGCAGUAUUAUUAGGAGAUGACACCUGGGCACGCUUGUUGCCUCAGAGAUGGCUAAGAUCUCAUGCCCUUUACUCGUUUCAUACUUGGGACUUGGAUACUGUUGAUACUGAAGUGGAUUCCAAAAUUUAUGAUGAACUGAAAAAGAAUGAUUGGAACAUAUUGUUAGCUCACUACUUGGGUGUAGAUCAUGCAGGUCAUAGAUACGGGCCUAAUCAUGCAGAAAUGGCUCGGAAACUUAAUGAAACAAAUUCAAGACUUGAGAAAAUUAUAGAUGUUUUGCCUUCUGAUGCAAUAAUGUAUGUUAUUGGUGAUCAUGGAAUGACUGAGACAGACACAGGGACAGGUGACCAUGGUGGGGAGACUAAGGCAGAAAGAACGGCUGCAAUGUUUGCCUACUAUAAGGGUGGGUUAGCUGGCGAUGGAGAGGAAACCACUCCAGGGAGGGAAAUACAACAAACUGAUUUGGCACCUACUGUGUGUGCUGCUUUAGCACUGCCACCGCCAGCACCAUCUUUAGGGAAUGUGUUGUUGCCAUUACUACCUCAUAUGAAGCCAUCAAACACCUUGUUGCAUCUAACUAACAAUUUAAAACAGGUGACUCAAUACUUGGUGAGAUAUGGAGAAGAGUCUCAACAAGUAUCUCUUGAUAGAUUGGCUGAGUUAAUUAAUUCUACAAGAGAUCAAAUUGAAAAGGCGUCGAAUAUAGUUUCGGAAGAGGAUCUCAAAACAUAUGUUGCAGAUGUUAGAACACUCAUGGAUAAUAUUCGCGCCAUCUUUCGUGAAGUGUGGGUCGAGUUUGACUCGUUGGCCAUGUUGAGGGCUCUUCUAUUACUGUUACUAGCCAUAUUUUUCAAUUGGAUUAUUGCUGACGGCAUUUCUAUAGAUCGCAUUCCUCAUGUAUUCUCAAGUUCAUUUGUGCCUACCGGGUUAAUAUCCAUGGCGAUAUGUAUAUCUUUAUGCUACAUGGGCCAUUAUUGGCAGCUAUUCACAGACUUAGAGAGUGCAAUAAUUUUAACGACUGGUUUAAUAUCUGGUGCGGUCACUGGUGCUCUUGUUAUAUUGCACUGGGAUGGAAUUUCGCAGAAAUGGUAUGAGAACCGCACGCCGUUCUAUGAGCGCUUCGCUCGUACUGUUUUAUUCGGUUCAGCUGCGGUUUUGGCAUCAAAUAGUUAUAUCAUAGAGGAGGGUGCCGUUUUAUCGUAUUUAUCGUUGAGCGUUAUAGGACUUAUAGCGUGGAAUAUUGGUAGCUUAAAAGCUUUAGGGUUGUGGGCUGGUUGUGGGUUAGUUUUCGCGUUAACGAGGCCUUAUAGGGGUUGCAGAGAGGAGCAAGGGGACUGUUGGACAGCGGGCGAUAAUUUGAACAGUGGACAAGCGUCUAGGGCGGCGUUGGUGAUUGCGUUGGGUUCGGUGGCAACUGUAGUUGCGGUUGCUAGGCGACAGGUUUCUUGGAGGGGGUACGGGAUAGUGAUUGCGGGUAUCUUCACGUGUGCGCAUUGGGCGGUUGGCUGGGGUUCUUUAGGAUCGCCUAAUAGAUCUAGGCUGCUUGCACGUGUUGCAUGGCUCUUCAUCGCUGCUAUGUUCGGUCUGUUAUUGAAAAAAGACCGCAAUGGACCGGUGACUCCACUCAUAGUCUGUGGCUUGUUGUUCUAUUUAGCCAAUUGUUUGGUCCUGGGAGCGUCUUACGCGCCUACGGCUGCGCUGGCGUUGCUAUCCGGCUUUUUGAUACUUAACAUGGUGUCAUUGAUGAAGAACGAUGGAUCGUCAAAAUCCUCUUUAUCGUCCCGAAGUAGUUCUACUUUGGCGUGUUUAUGGGCGCUGGUAGCUUCAUACAAUUUCUAUGGUUCGGGACACCACCCAACCUUAAGCCAUAUCAGCUGGACGCCGGUGUUUCACGCUGGUGACCCCAACUACAGCGCAUUUGGCCCAGUCAUCUCCUUCAUACUACUGAUAUUGAAUUUGUUUGGAAUGCCGAUGAUGUUUGGUGCAACAGUUCCACUUUUGGCGUUGUGGGGAAAGAAUGGAGCGAUGGGACCGAGAUCACAAUUAGCUUCCGUCUUCUCGCUGUGCCUCAAAUAUUCAUUGUGUUUUGCUAUACGAGUAUUAGCGUGUGCUUUAUCAGCAACGAUACACUGCCGACAUCUCAUGAUAUGGGGCGUAUUUACACCCAAGCUUAUUUUUGAAUAUGGCGCCUGUGGUGCUGCCCUUUUUGGCUCACUUAUCGGCGCCGCGCUCACGGCCUGGCAUCUAUCACCAAAUAAAUCUAGUUGACACAAAUCAUAGACUGAUUUUAGUUAUUAUUUUGUUACGAAUUUAUCUGGUUCAAAAUUUUUAUCAAAUGUAGACUUUUUGUUGGGUUUUAAGUAGAAAUUAAAUUCUGGAAUGGUUAUUUGUGGCGCAUGUCAUGUCUAAAUUAUGAAUGUAACUCCAAUCUUAUUUCACAUCACUAAUGAAAGUACUGAGAUUAUAACUAACUAUAGAUGUGUUUCUGAAUAAGGGUCCAUUUAAUUUAUGGAUAACGUUUCAAGAUUGUUUAAUAUUCAUAUUAAUAUAAAUUUUUAGAAAAAGCACAAUAAUAGAUAUAUCUAAACAUGGAUGUUGCUUUCAAGUAAGUUCGCAUUUAUUACACGACUUCUAUAUCUUUUACUCAUAACUAUUUCUGGCCUGAAAAUUCAGUAAACUUCGUACGAAUUCUCAGUUUGUGUUUCAAAGAAUGGGCCGUUAGAAUAAAUAGAAGUCAAUCGCCAAAGUAUUAGUGUGUAGAUGAACAAGUUGUGAGAUUAUGUUUGGAAUUUGUUAGAGAUUAUCGGAAUGUUUAUUAAAGUCUAGUAGGUACUAGUUAUGAAAGGGUAGUAUUUUGCAAUAGAAUUUUUUAUGUAUCAGGGAGCGUUCAAGUAUUACGUCACGCAAUUUUUACAGAUUAUUGAC